AUGGAAAUUUACAUGAAGAAUAUUCCUGCUUCUACUAAGGACACCAAGCUCAAGUUGGAGCUCGCGGCUGUCCUCCACGCACCCCCGUUCAGGAAUCCCUCGGAAGAGCUGUUCAAUUUUGGCGUCUUCUUGAUUCAGCAGAGGAAAAGAGGCCCCUGGCGGACUGGCUUUUUGACUCUCCCUUCUAACGAAAUCGCCGAGCUCUUCCUUCAGACGUAUGGAGGUCCAUCCCCUCGCCACUCAUUCGUUCUCGAUACAACUCGUGUCCAGUUCCAGGUCAGCAACCGAGGAGCUCGCCCGCAAGUUCUUGAGCGCAUUCGCCGGGAACCUUUCCAAGACCCUCGUGAGGCUUUUGCGCGGGAGCAAAGGGAGGCCGAGCUACAGGCACUGCAAGUACGCAUCUCCACUAUACAAUUUGGCUGGGAGUGCAGAGAUCAAGUGUAUUCGGUGGAGUGGGAGACGGCAUGCCACGCCCGCCUUGCCUUCGACGGAGAGCGAAGGGAGUUCCGCGUCCGUAUGGACCAAGGUGGCUUGUUCUCAGAUACCCGCAUCAUCGCCAUCCGCGUUAGUCAGAUCUACUACAUCUCCGCCACCGUAGACAACGACUCUCGACGUCCAACCAUCGUCUUCUCCCUGAUCCACCCUCCCGCUCUUGAGUCGGAGUCGACUCUCAGCCAACUUGCCAGCCUCUUCUCUUCAAAUGCAAAACCUCCGCGCCAACGCUGGUCCUCGUUCAACGACAGCGAUGAUCUCGCGGCGAUUAUGCCUUAUGUAUCUCUCUCCAUCCGUCUGGAGUGCGAGUCCGUGGAAGACCUUCGCAACUUCCGCGAGUUCGCCGACGCGGCCCACACUCGCGUCGGCAGCGACUUGUGCCCUGUAGAGCGGCGGGGACUCUUCUCGGAUACGGUACGCGAAGAUUACAGCCUAUGGAUCCAGCGACUCCCUUGGACGGUGGCGUUUCAGAUCGAAGCGUUGCUUAGGUCCUGGCUUCUGAACAUGAGGGAGGCUCUCUCUCUUCGUGAUCACGUCGAACGAGUCCUCAGGGCUAAGGGACGAGCCUAUACAGCAGCACUCCUGCGCGACUUCACCUCGCACGCAAAAGCGUUGUACUGGUAUGGUGAGGCUCAGCCUGGUGCCGAGCCCAGCCUCCAGACCCACCUGAAUGCGUCGUGGUCAGACCCGGUGACCCAUCUCUUCCAGUCGGUCGAGGCCCAGUUUGUGUACAAGCCCGUUGCAGCACACGCGCCCGCUGUAGAUGCCCCAGCGACCUUCCAAUGCUUCCAUGUCUCUAUCACGCCUACGACGAUGAUCCUUGAAGGCCCCUUUCCUGAACGAUCCAACCGCGUUAUCCGAAUGUACUGGCAGAACGAAGAAUGUUUUCUUCGUGUCAGUUUCCAGGACGAAAAUAGGCUCCAAUUCCGCUUCGACCGCGAGGUCGAUGGACGCAGUUUCAUCAAUCGGAGAUUUAGAGGUGUCUUACGCGACGGGAUCACCAUUGCGGGCGCCCACUUCAGUUUCCUGGCGUACUCGCAAUCCGCUCUAAAGGAACAUGCAGUCUGGUUUGUGAAACCAUUCCGCCAUCGAGAUGGGCACGGCGUGGAGUGCUACGUUGACGCCACAACUAUCAUCGAGAAUCUGGGCAACUUCCGCGUAUCAUUCGACACCACUCUAAUCCACUGCCCUGCUCGAUAUGCUGCAAGGAUAGCUCAGGCCUUCACGGCGACCGACGCGUCCAUCACUGUUGAUGUCGACCAGAUUGAAAGGGGAGAAGAUCUGGAAGACGCGACGGGGAACUACUGUUUCACGGACGGCGUCGGCACCAUCUCCCGUGAGCUUGCUAGAGAGAUCUGGCGCUCUGUUCGCGAGCGAGGACGUCGUUCCCGUCCUGACAGGACGUACCCGAGAGCCUACCAAGUCCGCUUCCAGGGUUCGAAGGGAAUGCUGAGCGUCGACCACACGUUAUCCGGCCGAAAGAUCGUCAUCCGGCCGUCUAUGACGAAGUUUGAGGCUAAUCAGUCAAGCACCAUCGAGGUUGCCCGUGCGUUUGAUAGACCAGGGCCGUACUUCCUCAACCGCCCUCUCAUCAUGCUCCUGGAAGGCCUCGGGGUGUCCUACGAGACAUUACAGGCAUUGCAGGACGCUGCCGUGUACGAUGCUCAGCAGUCUGUGACUUCGCUCGAACGCUCCGCCCGGCUGCUCGAAGCUCAUGGACUCGGAGUAUCCUUCCGUCUCACCUCCGCGAUGCUUGGUCUCCACAAGCUCGGGCUCGAUCCUCUCAAUGACGAUGUGUUUUGGCGACAAGCGAUGGACUUCGCAAUCAAUCAUGUCCUUCGUGAGCUCAAGCAUCAUGCGAGGAUCCCCGUUCCAAGCCUGGAUAGCUGGACCCUUGUCGGCGUUGCGGAUGUCCACGGGGAGCUGCAGGAUGGGGAGAUCUUCGCGUGCAUCGACUCUCCUACUGAGUCGCGUCUGAUCUAUCUCGAAGGACCAUGCUUGAUCUCCCGUUCGCCGACCAUUCAUCCCGGGGAUGUUCAAGUAGUGCAUGCCAUCGGAAGACCACCUGCCGGUAGUGCUCUGGCUAAGGAGUCGCUUAGGAAUGCUGUGGUCUUCUCUAUCCAGGGGGAACGACCGCUCCCAUCUUGCUUAGGCGGGGGCGAUCUCGAUGGGGAUUUGUAUAACGUUACCACUCGACGUGAUUUGUUGCCUCCUCGUACAUACACACCUGCGUCGUACGAGCCAGCGGCAAAGAAGCUCGUAGAACACGAGUGUACUAUGGAGGACGUUGCUGAUUUUGUUGCCGAAUAUAUCAGUAGCGACACUCUGGGAAUCAUCGCUACAACCUGGUUGAAGAUUGCGGAUCAGAGUGCUGAUGGAAUCCUGGACCAGGAUUGCCUUAAGCUCGCCGCCUUGCACAGCCAUGCGGUUGACUAUCCGAAAAGCGGUCAGCCUGUUCCUGUGAAUCAGAUACCGAAGCUCAAGUCCAAAACGAAGCCGGACUGGAGUGCACCCGAGACCAUCAGCAGGGGUAACGAAGACUACUACACAAGUAUGAAAGCGAUCGGAAAGCUCUUUCGGUCUAUCGACUUGCCCGCAUUACAAACAGUCCAACGGGUCGCAAGAAGACAACGCAGACACAUGCACAAUGCCAAUCAAGACGAUGAGUAUGCCGAUGUCCUCGAACUCCUAUACGACGAGACGCCAAUGGACGAUAGGACCGCGGUGGCCGUUCAAGAGCGGAUCUCGGAGUUCAUCUCUCCAGAAGAAUAUGAUGGCGACUUCAUACGCCGUAUCUGGGACUUGUACAAGUCCUACACUUCUCAAUUGCGCGCGAUCUGUGCUGACCACACUCUGGAGCACAAGCGCUCAGCAAUGCUGACGGAGGAAGAGGCUGUCAUCGGAACGAUAGUCGCGAAGUGCUCGCAGCCCAGAAAGAGGAAGGAUCUCAUGUCGCAGAUGAGGGAGCAGACAGCUACUCUAGUCAGCAGCGUCAAGGAAGAACUCUCUGGCGAUGACGAGAUACCGCCUGAGACAUCGCUCCAGAGGGCAUGGAUUGCAUACAAGCUUGCGAACAUAGAGGGUGAGGCUUUCGGAGCGCGUAGUUUUUGCUGGGUCGCGCUUGGAAGUAUCUUCGACGCCAUCAAGGAGAUUGAAGAUGAAGAUCGUGCUCUUGCUAGACGAUGAUGCGUCUCAGCGAGCAGAUAAUACACACCGUUUUUCGAAAGGUCCGGGGGUAAUGGCAUAUUGAU